AUGGCGCCCUCCAGGCUCAUUGACGAGGAUAAGCUUGGAUUUCGGUCAGAUAGCCACAGCGAAGACCUCUCCGACGACGGCGCAUUCCACCACCCUCCACCGAAACGCAGGCGAAUAUCCACAGAAGAGGAAAAUGCAACAGUUCCUCAGACAUCGCUGUCCAGAGUGAAAAAGAUAGAUCAUGCACCAAAGACCGGCUCGACACCGGCGGCUCACCCAGAAAUUCCAACGACGUCCGCCACGUUCAAAUCGCUCAAUGUAGCCCUGUGGCUUGUCCAUUCUCUCGCCGCGAUGGCAAUCCAGAACCCGACGGAAAUCCAGAAGGCUUGUAUUCCGGAGAUAUUGAAGGGCAGAGACUGCAUAGGAGGCUCGAGAACAGGCACAGGCAAGACAGUGGCUUUCGCGGUUCCAAUAUUGCAGAAAUGGGCAGAAGAUCCUUUUGGCAUCUAUGCUGUGGUUCUGACACCCACUCGAGAACUGGCUCUCCAGAUUUUCGAGCAAUUCCAAGCGCUGGGAGCACCACAGAAUCUCAAGACGGUUCUGAUCACUGGGGGGAGUGAUAUGAGACCUCAAGCAUUGGCGCUGGCAAAACGACCACAUAUCGUCGUGGCUACUCCUGGGAGACUUGCGGACCACGUCCUCAACUCCGGCAAAGAAACCACAGUUGGCUUGAGCCGUACAAAAGUUGUCGUCCUCGAUGAAGCGGAUCGCCUUCUCGCUCCCGGGCAGGGUUCGAUGCUUCCGGAUCUCAACACCUGCCUAGGUGCGCUUCCUCCGUCUACAUACCGGCUAACGCUCCUCUUCACCGCGACGGUGACACCAGAAGUCCGAGCGUUGAAAGAGCUUCCUCGCCCCAAGGAGCGGCCUCCCAUUUUUAUCUCUGAAACCACGGACCUAUCUGAUGGUGCUCCCCAGUCCAGCCUCAUUCCGGCGACUCUCUCGCAGACAUACCUGCAAAUACCCAUGACCCACAAAGAUGCUUUCCUACAUGUCCUCCUCCAGGUCCCUUCCUUGACAAAAUCGCCGGAGCCUAGUAUUAUGAUUUUCGUCAACCGUACAAACACUGCUGAUCUCCUCCAUCGCACACUGCUUCAGCUCGGUCACCCAGUCACGGCGCUCCACUCGGAGUUAGCACAGAGUCAGCGGAACAGGAAUCUGUCUGACUUCCGCUCGCAAAAAGCCCGCAUUUUAAUCGCAACGGAUGUGGCGUCAAGAGGUCUGGAUAUUCCUCAAGUCAACUUGGUGAUCAACUUCGACGUCCCGCGAAAUCCGACAGACUACGUUCAUCGAGUAGGUCGUACGGCGAGAGCGGGAAGACAAGGUACCAGCAUCACCUUAGUUGGUCAGCGGGACGUGGAGCUGAUUCUCGCGAUCGAGGCAUAUGUGGGCAGCAAAUUGGUGAAAUGGACAGAAGAAGGAGUCAAUGUUGAAACACGUGUUCUCAAGGGCCGGACGUUGAAGGAUGUAGCCGAGGCGAGGAUGGAGGCGCUCCGAGAUGUCGAAGGUGGGAAAGAUGUACACGGCUGGCGCAGAAAGCUCAAAAAGGACAAAAAGAGGUCGGUAGCGGAAGCGUCCGCGUCAUGA